AGAGGUUUUUAAGAAGAAUCUGAUGGUGAGAGUAGGUUAAGAAGACUCAGGAUGACGACAACAGUAGCGACAGAUUAUGACAAUAUUGAAAUCCAACAGCAGUACAGCGAUGUCAACAACCGCUGGGAUGUCGAUGACUGGGACAAUGAAAAUAGUUCUGCUCGACUGUUUGAACGAUCCCGCAUCAAGGCCCUAGCUGAUGAACGUGAGGCAGUUCAGAAGAAGACUUUCACUAAGUGGGUUAAUUCCCACUUGGCACGUGUAUCAUGCAGAAUUACAGAUUUGUACACUGACCUGCGCGAUGGAAGGAUGCUCAUCAAACUUCUGGAAGUUCUUUCAGGGGAAAGACUUCCUAAACCGACUAAGGGAAGGAUGCGCAUCCAUUGCCUGGAGAAUGUUGAUAAAGCCCUCCAGUUCCUGAAGGAGCAAAGAGUGCACCUAGAAAACAUGGGAUCUCAUGAUAUUGUGGAUGGGAAUCACAGGCUGACACUUGGCCUUAUUUGGACUAUUAUCCUGAGAUUCCAGAUCCAAGAUAUCAGUGUCGAAACUGAGGACAACAAGGAGAAGAAAUCUGCUAAAGAUGCUUUGCUUUUGUGGUGCCAGAUGAAGACAGCUGGUUACCCCAAUGUCAACAUUCACAACUUCACAACCAGCUGGAGGGACGGGAUGGCUUUCAAUGCACUGAUCCAUAAGCACAGGCCUGAUCUGAUUGAUUUUGACAAGCUGAAGAAAUCAAAUGCACACUACAAUCUGCAGAAUGCUUUUAACCUUGCAGAGCAACACCUUGGUCUUACUAAGCUCCUGGACCCCGAGGAUAUCAGUGUUGAUCAUCCUGAUGAAAAGUCAAUCAUCACCUAUGUGGUGACAUAUUACCACUACUUCUCCAAGAUGAAAGCUUUAGCUGUUGAAGGAAAACGUAUUGGAAAGGUGCUUGACAAUGCCAUUGAAACGGAGAAAAUGAUUGAAAAAUACGAAUCGCUGGCUUCCGACCUUCUUGAGUGGAUUGAGCAAACCAUUAUUAUCCUCAACAAUCGCAAAUUUGCCAACUCCCUAGUUGGUGUGCAACAGCAGCUACAGGCAUUCAACACUUACCGCACAGUAGAGAAACCACCCAAAUUUACGGAAAAAGGAAACCUAGAAGUGCUGCUGUUUACCAUCCAAAGCAAAAUGAGGGCCAACAAUCAGAAAGUAUACAUGCCAAGGGAGGGCAAACUCAUCUCUGACAUUAACAAGGCCUGGGAAAGACUGGAAAAAGCUGAACAUGAAAGAGAACUGGCACUGCGAAAUGAGCUCAUCAGACAAGAGAAACUGGAACAACUUGCACGCCGAUUUGAUCGCAAGGCAGCUAUGAGAGAAACUUGGCUGAGUGAAAAUCAACGUCUCGUUUCUCAGGAUAAUUUUGGCUUUGACCUUCCAGCGGUAGAGGCCGCGACAAAGAAGCAUGAGGCCAUUGAAACAGACAUCGCAGCGUAUGAAGAGCGAGUCCAGGCCGUGGUGGCGGUUGCGAAAGAGCUUGAGACUGAAAAUUACCAUGAUAUCAAACGCAUUACUGCGAGAAAGGACAACGUUAUACGCCUAUGGGAGUAUCUCCUGGAGCUGCUCAGGGCACGGAGACAGCGGCUGGAGAUGAAUCUUGGUCUGCAAAAGAUUUUCCAGGAAAUGCUGUACAUUAUGGACUGGAUGGAUGAGAUGAAGGUGCUUCUGCUGUCUCAAGACUAUGGCAAACAUUUAUUAGGAGUUGAAGACCUGUUGCAGAAACAUGCUCUUGUGGAAGCUGACAUUGCCAUUCAGGCUGAGAGAGUGAGAGGGGUCAAUGCAUCUGCUCAGAAGUUUGCCACCGAUGGAGAAGGUUACAAACCGUGUGACCCGCAAGUUAUCAGGGACCGCGUCGCUCACAUGGACUUCUGUUACCAAGAGCUGUGCCAGCUCGCAGCCGAGCGCCGGGCCCGCUUGGAGGAGUCCCGGCGCCUCUGGAAAUUCUUCUGGGAAAUGGCUGAAGAAGAGGGUUGGAUCAGAGAGAAGGAACAGAUCCUGUCAUCUGAUGACUAUGGGAAGGACCUAACCAGUGUUGUCCGUCUCUUGAGUAAACAUAAGGCGUUCGAAGACGAAAUGAGUGGUCGUAGUGGCCACUUUCAGCAGGCGAUAAAAGAAGGUGAAGACAUGAUUGCGGAGGAGCAUUUUGGGUCUGAGAAAAUCAGAGAAAGAAUUAAGGAUAUCCGGGAGCAGUGGGCUAACUUGGAACAGUUAUCUGCCAUUAGGAAGAAGCGUCUGGAGGAAGCCUCUCUCCUUCACCAGUUCCAGGCUGACGCUGAUGACAUUGAUGCGUGGAUGUUGGACAUCCUCAAAAUCGUCUCCAGCAAUGAUGUUGGCCAUGAUGAAUAUUCCACUCAGUCCUUGGUCAAGAAACACAAAGAUGUGGCUGAAGAGAUUGCAAGCUACCGGCCAACCAUUGACUCGCUUCACGAACAAGCGAAGGCUCUACCGCAGGAGCACGCUGGAUCUCCAGAUGUGCAAGGCAGAUUGUCCGGAAUAGAGGAGAGAUACAAAGAGGUUGCUGAGCUGACUCGGCUGCGUAAACAGGCCUUGCAGGAUACCCUUGCUCUUUAUAAGAUGUUCAGUGAGGCAGAUGCUUGUGAGCUUUGGAUUGACGAAAAGGAGAAGUGGCUGAAUAAUAUGCAGAUUCCAGAGAAGCUGGAGGACCUGGAAGUGAUCCAGCACAGAUUUGAAAGCUUAGAACCAGAAAUGAACAAUCAGGCAUCCCGUGUUGCAGUAGUGAACCAGAUUGCUAGACAGCUAAUGCACAGCGGCCAUCCAAGUGAGAAGGAGAUCAAAGCACAGCAAGAUAAACUCAACACAAGAUGGAGCCAGUUCAGAGAACUGGUAGAUAGGAAGAAGGAUGCUCUACUCUCUGCUCUGAGUAUCCAGAACUACCAUCUUGAAUGUAAUGAAACCAAAUCCUGGAUCAGGGAAAAGACCAAAGUGAUCGAAUCCACCCAAGAUCUGGGUAAUGAUCUAGCUGGAGUGAUGGCCCUGCAGAGGAAGCUGACGGGCAUGGAACGUGACUUGGUAGCCAUUGAAGCCAAGCUAAGCGACCUGCAAAAAGAGGCCGAAAAGUUGGAGUCAGAGCAUCCUGACCAGGCACAGGCUAUCCUUUCACGGCUUGCAGAAAUCAACGAUGUGUGGGAAGAAAUGAAGACCACCCUCAAGAACCGGGAAGAGUCCCUUGGAGAGGCAAGCAAACUGCAGCAGUUCCUGAGAGACCUGGAUGACUUCCAGUCUUGGCUAUCCAGAACGCAGACUGCAAUUGCGUCCGAAGAUAUGCCAAACACACUGACAGAGGCCGAGAAGCUGCUUACUCAACACGAGAAUAUUAAGAAUGAAAUCAAUAAUUAUGAGGAAGAUUAUCAGAAAAUGAGGGACAUGGGUGAGAUGGUGACACAAGGGCAAACUGACGCUCAGUACAUGUUCUUACGCCAGCGCCUACAAGCUUUGGACACUGGAUGGAAUGAGCUUCACAAAAUGUGGGAGAACAGGCAAAAUCUCCUUUCCCAGUCUCAUGCCUACCAGCUCUUUCUCAGAGAUACCAAGCAAGCAGAAGCAUUUCUUAAUAACCAGGAGUAUGUUUUGGCGCACACAGAAAUGCCCACUACCUUGGAAGGAGCAGAAGCUGCUAUUAAAAAACAGGAGGAUUUCAUGACCACGAUGGAUGCCAAUGAAGAAAAGAUUAAUGCAGUUGUAGAGACUGGCAGGAGGCUAGUUAGCGAUGGGAACAUUAACUCUGAUAAAAUCCAGGAGAAAGUGGACUCCAUUGAUGACAGACAUAGAAAGAACCGUGAAGCAGCCAGUGAACUUCUGAUGAGACUGAAAGAUAACAGGGAUCUUCAAAAGUUUCUUCAGGAUUGUCAAGAGCUCUCGCUCUGGAUCAAUGAAAAGAUGCUUACAGCUCAGGAUAUGUCCUAUGACGAGGCAAGGAACCUGCAUAGCAAAUGGCUGAAGCAUCAGGCAUUUAUGGCAGAACUUGCAUCCAACAAAGAGUGGCUGGAGAAGAUUGAAAAGGAGGGAAUGCAGCUCAUUGCAGAGAAACCAGAGACUGAAGCUGUAGUGAAAGAAAAGCUGACAGGUCUCCAUCAAAUGUGGGAAGAGCUGGAAUCCACUACCCAGACCAAGGCGCAGCGUCUCUUUGAUGCAAACAAGGCGGAGCUUUUUACUCAGAGCUGUGCUGAUUUGGAUAAGUGGCUGAAUGGUUUGGAGAGUCAAAUUCAGUCGGACGACUACGGAAAAGAUCUCACCAGUGUCAACAUCCUGUUGAAGAAGCAGCAGAUGCUAGAGAAUCAAAUGGAUGUUCGUAAGAAGGAGAUAGAGGAGCUGCAAAGCCAGGCAAGGGCUUUAAGUCAAGAAGGGAAGAGUACAGAUGAAGUAGAUGGCAAACGCCUUACUGUAGAAAAGAAGUUUUUGGAGUUGUUGGAACCUUUGAAUGAAAGAAAGGCAAACCUGCUGGCCUCCAAAGAGAUCCACCAGUUCAACCGAGAUGUGGAAGAUGAAAUUUUGUGGGUCGGGGAGAGGAUGCCUAUAGCUACAUCUACUGAUCAUGGACACAACCUCCAGACUGUGCAGCUACUAAUAAAGAAAAAUCAGACCCUUCAGAAAGAAAUCCAGGGACAUCAGCCUCGUAUCGAUGACAUCUUUGAGAGGAGUCAAAACAUUAUCACAGAGAGUAGCCCUAAUGCUGAAGCAAUUCAGCAGAGACUUGCAGACUUGCAGCAGCUGUGGAACCUCCUAAUCGAGGAGACAGAGAAACGCCACAAGCGCUUAGAGGAGUCUCACAGAGCACAGCAGUAUUACUUUGAUGCUGCCGAGGCUGAGGCCUGGAUGAGUGAGCAGGAGCUCUACAUGAUGUCAGAAGAGAAAGCCAAGGAUGAACAGAGUGCGGUGUCCAUGCUGAAGAAACACCAGAUUUUGGAACAAGCUGUAGAAGACUAUGCUGAAACUGUGCACCAGCUUUCAAAGACCAGCAGAACUUUGGUGGCAGAUAAUCACCCAGAAAGGUAUUAA